UUCGAAAAUCCACACAACCAGCUUAGAAACCCAACUUGCAAAUUGGAGCUUCAAACUAUUCCCAAAGCAGAAUCACACAAUUUUCGAGUACUAUUCAACACCUAAACCACCGUUGCCCAAUGGCUAGUGCAUGGCUUUGGUCAUCAACUACAUUUCUGAUGAUCUUCAUCUCCAUAUUCUUUCCCAUCCCUCUUCCCAUCUCUCUUCCUCCUCCAAUUACAGUUACUGCUGCAUGGUCAUGGCCUCAAAUUGCAAUUUCCAUGGCUUGCCUUCUUGUGCCUCUCACCAUAAUCACCUUGAUUCACUUCUUGCCUCUACUGAUCCUCCACCAUGAUCAUCGCCACAACAACAACAACAACAAAAACCUCCCCAAGGGCUCCUUUGGCUGGCCUUUGCUUGGUGAAACCCUUGGCUUCCUUAACCCUCAUCCAUCCACUUCCCUGGGAACUUUCCUUCAAGACCAUUGCUCUAGGUAUGGGAAGGUUUUCAGGUCACAUUUGUUCUUGUCCCCAACUGUGGUGUCAUGUGAUCAGGAGCUGAACUACUUCAUACUCCAGAAUGAAGGGAAGCUGUUCGAAUGCAGCUACCCAAAGCCCAUCCAUGGGAUUCUUGGCAAUGUGUCGAUGCUUGUGGCCGUUGGUGACACUCACAGGAGGCUUAGGAACGUUGCUCUGUCUCUUGUCAAUGUCACAAAAUCGAACCCUGAGUUCUUGCAUGAUGUGGAGAUGACUGCAACUAUGAUCCUGAAAUCCUGGAGUGGGAAGGAGCAAGUUCUGUUCUGCGAGGAAGCCAGAAAGUAUAGUUUCAACGUGAUUGUGAAGCAAGUUCUUGGGUUAACGCCAAAGGAUCCUGAAACCACAAGGAUUCUUGAGGAUUUCUUAACCUUCAUGAAGGGUCUCAUCUCUCUUCCUCUCUAUGUCGCUGGAACUCCAUAUGCUAGAGCUGUUCAGGCUAGAAGCAGGAUAGCUUCCUCUGUAAAAGCAAUUAUAGAGGAAAGGAAAAGAAGGAGAAGGAUGGAAGGGGAAGGCUAUUUUGGGAAAGGGAAAGUUGAUUUCCUUGAGAUACUACUGGGCGUGGAAACCUUAUCUGAGGAUGAAAAAGUGAGUUUUGUUCUGGACUCUCUGUUGGGUGGAUAUGAAACAACUUCUCUGUUGCUGGCCAUGGUGGUGCAUUUUCUAGGUCAAUCCCCUCUUGCCCUUUCUCACCUCAAGUUGGAGCAUGAAAAUAUAAGAAGUUGGAAGAAAGAAGAGGAAUGUUUGAGUUGGGAAGAUUACAAAAAGAUGGAAUUCACCCAUCAUGUCAUCAAUGAAGCAAUGAGGUGUGGGAACAUAGUAAAGUUUGUGCACAGAAAGGCCCUGAAAGAUGUCAAAUUUAGAGAUUACUUAAUUCCAUCAGGCUGGAAGGUUCUGCCUGUCUUCACUGCUGUUCAUUUGGACCCUUCUUUGCAUCCAAAUGCUCUCAAGUUUGAUCCUUGGAGAUGGGAGGUAAGUCUGGAUCCUUUUCUUUAUGAAACUGUCAUUGCUACCAUAAACAUACAGAGCUUCAACCCGACGACUCUUGUCGAAUAGGGCUCAGUUAUACGAUGUGGAAUGUGGGUAGUGAUGAAUUGUAUAAUACCUGCAAUGUACCUAUGCAGAGUGAAGAUCAAACAAGCAAGAAAUUCACACCAUUUGGAGGAGGGUUAAGGUGUUGCCCUGGUUCUGAACUGGCCAAAGUUGAAAUUGCAUUCUUCCUCCACCAUUUAGUGCUACAGAACUUCAGAUGGAGAACUGAAGAUUCAGAUGGACCCUUGGCAUUUCCUUAUGUAGAAUUCGAAAAGGGUUUGCUGCUAAAUUUGGACCAUUCAUGAUGAUCUUUCUUGAAGAAAUCUUGUUCUUCCGUAGUUGCUUUAGCUUUUUUGAGGAGUUUUAAUUAGGAUCAUUAUCUGCCAAUCUUUACUUUCUGUUGCUACAUAUGUAUGUAACUUUGUAUACAUAUCUUCCAUUCCCCCUGCCCUUGCUUCAUUUCGAUGGAAAUGGGCUUUUGCCACAACUGUUAUAUUUUGUGUUGACACUCCAUUUGGUAAAUAAUGAGAGGAAUAAACAUUGAGUAGGUUGUGAGUGAAGGGUUGGCACUGUAAUAUCAUAAAAAAUGACCUUCAAAGUUGGUAUGAUUGCAAACAUGAGAG